UCGUUGGGAAGUCUAUUUAACGCGGUUGUAGCGUAGUUUGCGGCGGAAUAAAUAACAAAAAUUCUGACAAGUGAAAAAUGUGUUACAGUCUAUUGUGAUUGUGUAUUAUUACAUUAAAAUUGUUAUAUUAUUUUUCUAACACUUAAAUAUUUAUACGUGAAACUUUCAAAAUGAGGUUAGCAGGAGCGAUUUUCACGAAUGUGACGAAAAUGCUUGAUUUCUACUCGCAGUUCAACCCUUCGCCGUUGUCCAUCAAACAAUUCAUAGACUUCGGUCUGAACGCUUGCGAGAGCAAAUCAUUCACGUUCCUAAAAAAGGAGCUACCAGUCAGGCUCGCGAACAUAAUGAAGGAGAUAGCGCUACUCCCUGAGAACCUACUUCGAAUGCCUUCGGUGGGCUUAGUCAACCAAUGGUACGAGCGCUCAUUCGAGGAAAUAACACGCUUUGAACAGAUGGAACCAGAUCCUCCGACGCUGACCCAAUUCUGCGAACGUCUUGUCCACAUAAGGAACCGGCACGCUGACGUCGUUCAGACGAUGGCCCAGGGUGUGCUAGAGCUGAAAGAGUCUCACGAAGUGGAUCCCGGAACGGAGAACUCCAUACAAUACUUCCUGGACAGAUUCUACAUGAGUCGGAUAUCUAUUCGGAUGCUUAUUAACCAGCACACUCUGUUGUUUGGCGAGCAGCUUGGCGGCAAGCAGGCGUCGGUCAAUGGGAUCGGCAAUGGUGGCCGUCACAUCGGCUCCAUAGACCCGGCCUGUGACGUCGUGGCCGUCGUUAGGGACGCUUACGAGAACGCAAGGUUCCUCUGCGACAGAUACUACUUAGCCUCACCAGAGCUGGAGGUACUGCAGGACGGAGUGUCGAGUCUGCGCCCGAUGCCCAUAGUGUAUGUGCCCUCGCACCUCUACCACAUGCUGUUUGAACUAUUCAAGAACGCCAUGAGAGCCGUCAUGGAGAACCACGGCACUGCCCCGCCGCCGAUACAAGUUAACCUCGUCAACGGGAAAGAGGACAUAUCCGUUAAGAUGUCUGAUCGCGGCGGCGGCAUCCCGCGCAGCGUGUCGGAGCUUCUGUUCAAGUACAUGUACAGCACGGCGCCGCAGCCCUCCAAGUCCGACUCGCACACGGUGCCGCUAGCGGGUUACGGAUACGGGCUGCCUAUCUCGCGUCUGUACGCGCGGUAUUUCCACGGCGACCUGGUGCUGGUAUCGUGCGAGGGUUACGGCACGGACGCCGUCAUCUACCUCAAGGCUCUAACGAACGAAGCCAACGAGCUACUGCCGGUCUUCAAUAAGACGUCUUCGAAGUUCUACCGCCCCUCGUCCCAGCUGGCGGACUGGUCCGGCACCCUCAACUCCUCGAAUCAGUGCAGGAGGGAGAAGGUGUCUCCGCUCUCAUCACCGAUAUCGCAUAGCCUAUAGUCCCCUAGGUUGGUGGAAGUGCGGCCGCCGCGAUUCAGGUAUUCAGAU